AAACAGUGAUGUUGACCAACGUUGCUUUAACUUUACUAAUUGUCGUUAGUUGUUUGAUCUACUGCAAUGAUAGCCAGUACUGCGAUAGGAAAGAACCAGGACCUGUCGUUAAGUCCACGGAAGUGGAAAAACGAAUGUGGACCACAGUGAAGUACUCCUGCUGGGGUAGUACAAAUACCAAAAGUGUUCCCGUACAAUAUACCACAAAUACCUGUCUGUUGGACUAUGAGAUGACAACGAAGAGGGGUUGUUGCGAUGGAUAUUAUAGUAAAGGAUCGGACUGCAUUCCGGUUUGCGCAAGUGGCUGCGAGAAUGGUAAGUGUACGGCACCGGAUACUUGCUCGUGCAAUGAGGGCUAUCUGCAAAGGAAUGGACGGUGCGUUCCACAGUGUACGAAAUGUGACAACGGAAAUUGCGUUGCACCGAACCAGUGCAUUUGUAGUGCCGGAUUUACGAAAAACUCCGGAUACAAAUUGGAUGCCAAUGGAUGUAUUCCGGAAUGUAAUCCAGCUUGUAUUAAUGGGGAUUGCCGUGCCCCAGCAGACUGUAUGUGUUUCAAAGGUUACCAGAAAACGAAUGAGUCACAUGUUUGCAAUCCUAUUUGUCAUCCGCCUUGUGAGAAUGGAAUUUGCGUAGGAGUAAACCAGUGUGAAUGUCUAAAUGGCUAUCGUCCAUCGAAUUCCAAUUCUCAUACUUGCGAGCCGUAUUGCGAUCCACAAUAUAUCAAUGUCAUAAAGGGAGUUUGUAUUGCGCCGAACGUUCUUCGUUGUGUUGAAGGUUACAACUUACAAGUAUCCGAUGAUAAUCAACUCAAUUGUGUUUCGAAAUGUGUUCCGGAAUGCAUCAAUGCAAGUUGCACCAACGAAGGUGUUUGCCGUUGUAAUUCAGGCUAUCAACUGACGCCUGGAAGUAAUCAUGAAUGUGAACCUGUUUGUGAGCCAACAUGCCAAAAUGCAAAUUGUGUAGCACCAAACCAGUGUGAAUGUGAAACUGGCUAUCGAAAAACUCCCGAACACCCGGACUCCUGUACAUUUUAUUGUGAUCCAUUAAUUGUUGACUGCUCGCUCGGUAAUUGUACGGACGUAGACACUUGUGAAUGCCAGGAAGAUUUCGAAUUGGUGGAAAACUCUGACAAAAUUUUACGAUGUACUCCAAUCUGUGAAUCAAAAUGUGUAAACGGAAACUGUGUAGAUAAUAACCUUUGUGAAUGCCUACCGGGUUAUAGAUUGAUCAACGCAACGUAUUGUGAUCCUAUUUGUGAAGAAGAAUGUCACAGUGCAUCCUGUACUGGGCCAAACCUUUGCACUUGUUUUGAAGGGUUCUUAGCGAUCAACGAAACUGACUGUGCACCAUUUUGCAAUCCGGCGAUAGUGAACUGCACCAAUGGAAUCUGCACUCAUCCGAAUGUUUGUGACUGCAGCGAUAAUUACCAUUUGGUAAUUCGAGCGGAAGUCUCAUACUGCGAACCUGUUUGCGAAGAACUUCCCUUGAACAGCAUCUGCAUUGCUCCGGGACAAACACGCUGUAUGAAUGGACAUGAACCCGGAAGUGAUGGAUAUUGUACUCCAGUUUGCGAACAGGAUUGCGGAAAUGGAACUUGUAGUGCACCGAACCUAUGUCAGUGUUUCCCUGGUUUUGCGACUGACGAAAGUGGUUCGUGCAACUCGAUUUGUGAAACGAAUUGUACCGUGGAUGCCGGAAUCUGCAACGAGCUGUUGUGCAUCUGUAAUGUUGGUUACAGUAACAGUGAAAGUAAUUACUACUGUUCACCAGUUUGCGACAACUGUACCAACGGUUAUUGUACAGCUCCAGGGAUCUGCGAGUGUCUUGGCGGAUUUGAACAGUCUAACCAUACGAAUAUCUGCGAGCCUGUUUGCAACAACUGCUCCGGUGUGUGCUGCAUUGCUCCGGAAAUCUGUCAGUGCACGGAAGCUGCCGCUGCCAGCGAAGUUGGCAAAUUAGUUGUACCUUGGAUAGUUUUAUGCUGCGUGACAACCGGACUGUUGGCGGUGUGGAUGAUUUUUAAGUUUAUUCGUAGAGCUUCUCCCGGACAAUCCUUCGAUUGUACAUAUCAUCCAACCAUCGAGCAAACCCACAUCACCGACAUUUUUUAGAGAACAUGAUGUUAAAACUUUCAUCAAUAUUCAAGUACAUUCCAUCAAGGAAAGUAGGUGCUUAAUUCAGGUACACAUAUUGUUAAUAGUUCCCGUAUUAAAUUCUCA